UUCUUCCAGGCUUUCCUCGCAGCCCUGGUGCUGCCUCCUCCUCUCUUCCUCCUCUUCCUCCUCCUCCUUCCCAGGCAAGAUGCUCAAUGCCCGGGGCGCCUGAGGUGGAGGAGGAGGAGGAAGAGAAGAAGGGCAUGAGCACAAAGGGCGAGGAGCGGGCGGGAAGGAUAGGUCUAGGAGACCCUUGGGGCGGCAGUGGGGAGAUGUCCGGGGAAGGAGAGAUGCAGCAGAGGAGGAGGUCUUGAUCCGAGGCAGGGAAGGGGAGAAGCAGGAUGGGCUGCGGGGGAAGCCGCGCCGACGCCCUGGAGCCCCGCUACUACGAGAGCUGGACCCGGGAGACCGAGUCCACCUGGCUGACCAACACCGACGCCGACCUCCCUCCCGCCGCCGCCCCAGCCCACCCCGAGGCCGGACCCGUGGAGCCCAGGAGGAGGGGACCCGGAAUUUUGGAAGAUAGCAAAUCAACACAGACCUGCAUUGCAAAAUCCUCACCUGCGAGCGGAGUCACUAUUACUGAAAAAAGAGCUCACUGUGGUACACAAUGUGCAAAACUGACUGUUCAUAACACUGGAGCAUCAGCAGAGAAGCAGCAGAAUGGCUUUAGAAGCACUGAGGGCAAACGCGAAAACAAGAAGAAAGCCACCAAGGAAGUUGCUAUUAAUGCCUCCAAAACAAUCAGACAAAUUAGUAGCAACAAAAGAAUGACAAAGAACUGUGUCAACUAAAAAAACAAAGGAAAUGGUGAUUGAACUCUGCAAUAUUUUGCUGCACUUUAAUGGACUACUUAAUGUGAAAACCUCACAUUGUUUUAGUAUUUUGCUGAAUGGGGUAGUAGGAUGCUAUCGAGUGCCUUUGGAAAAACUCUUGUUUUAAAUGUCUAUUGACUCUGGAUGUUUGGACACUCCUUGUUAUGUGUUGCCAUUUGGGUGAGGCUGGGCCAGGUAUUUUAUAUUGUCACUGAAAUAAUUUCAUAUUAAAAAAUAAAAUAUUUUUAAACCCCCUCAAGACAAUCCCUCCGAAACUUCUCUGACUUACGCCAUUAGGUGAAGGAGUCCUACAGUCAUUCCCAUGGUUGCCUCUUAUGUUCAAUCUGGGUAUAAAAUGUUCAGCCUCCUAACUCUCAGGAUGUUCUCAGCAGUUUCUGAAUCCAGAGUGGCAUAUUUUAUUAUUUCCCUCAGUGGCAUAUAAUUUGUAAUAUCAUACGAGUUCCUUCAUUAUCCUGUAUAAUUCGCUACUACAAAAUGUGGUGAGUUUGGUGCCAACAGAGAUAAUACUGUAACAGUUGGAAGGCACAGAAUGAUAUUGUAGCUCCUGAUGCCCAGUUCUGCACCACAUGGGAGCUUUGUGUUGUAUUAAAAUGUUAGAGCUGACGAUACUUGCUCUUUUAUUUGUGGAAUUGACCCAACACUGAACUCAUAGAAAAUGAACAGCUCAGAUGGCCUUCAGUUAUAUACCAUGCAUUUGCUAGAGCAAGAGGCUGUAUCAAUGAGUCUUUUUAUAAUACAAAGCCAGACCGACAUUGCAAAUCUGGCAGUGUCCAUCUAUUUUUGAUUAAAAGCAUGUUGCUCUAUAGUAAAACUGUGUCAAAUGUGUAAUAUGUUUCUGCUUGAAAGGGCUUACACUAAGGUGCAAAAUGCUUAAGGAAAUCACUGCAAAAAAUGGUACUGAUACUUUCAUCAGGAACAAGUUGGUUUGGGGAGCAGCCAGAGAGCAAAGUGAGGUCCUUUUAGACCUCUUCGCUUUCCUUUUUCAAAUCUAAAUCAUGCUUUCUUACCUAGUGAUGAGCUCUGCAGCAACAAAAUACAGUCAAGUGUAUUUUCCCCCUUGUUGCAGAACUGGUAAAAGCUUUGAAUGUGAGUGGAAGGGAUUUACCUUUAGAAAACAUUAGAGGAGAAAAUAUGACCAUCUCAAAUUUGGAACUUCUCACUACUGCUUUAAAAAGAUAGGAAGUCAAGUCUUCUCAAAAGAAAAGAAAAAUAUCUAUAUAAGGAUCGGAUGUUGAUGUAUCUCAGUUCUGAAGAAUCAGGCCUGUUUCAAAGAGAGAGCAAUUAUCCAAGUCAUGAUCUCAUGGACAAAAAGCAAUUAUUAGUUUUUUUGUUCUGUAAAUUAAUAUAAUUUAAAUUGUAAAAAAAAUUAAUGAAAAGGUAGUGAUAGAUUUCAAAUAUGAAUAAUGGUUGAUUUAUGAUUAAAGGCACUUUAAUGAUAUCAUGUUACAAAAUUUGAAAAAAUUCUGUUCCUGGUUUGGAAGUGUUAUUUCCUGUUUAUUUGUGCAGUACUUACUUUGAAAGCAGUUGUUAUACUUGUGAAACUUUUUUGUAGCUGCCAAAAACUGUGUUGAAUUGGUUGAGACUCUAUGAGAUAUUCAUUGAAAAACUGUAGCAAAAUGUGCUGCAAGAUGUCCCACAAAAAUAAAGGUUUUGCAGUUAAAUAAAUGUUUUCUAUGUUUUUAUGAUCAGACCGAUUAAAAAAUUACAUGUAUAACUCAGGAACAAAAAUCGUGUUACAUAGUAUAACUGGGAAAUGUUUGCACAAGCGAUUUGACUUUUAAUAAAAGAAGAUGAAAAACUA